AGCUGCGGCAUAAGGCAAACUGGGAAGACAGUAGGUGGUGCUAGGGCUAGCACGAUUUUUUUUCCCUACCGGCAGCCCAGGACGCUCAUUCCAGCCUGCACUUACAUCGCAGCCCAGAGUCACCAUGGUGAAAAUCGCCUUCAACACACCCACCGCGGUGCAAAAAGAGGAGGCUCGGCAAGAUGUGGAAGCCCUAGUGAACCGCACAGUCGGAGCUCAGAUCUUAACCGGCAAGGUAGAACUCCUAGUUGCAGCCCAGGAAAAAGAAAGCUCCUCUGGGAGAUGCAUGCUGACUCUCUUAGGCCUGUCAUUCAUCUUGGCAGGACUUAUUGUGGGUGGAGCCUGCAUUUACAAGUACUUUAUGCCCAAGAAUACUAUCUACCAUGGAGAGAUGUGUUUCCUUGAUUCAGAGCUCCCUGCAAAUAUCCUCCGAGUAGGAGAGCCCUACUUCCUGCCUGUCACUGAAGAAGCUGACAUUCGUGAGGAUGACAACAUUGCAAUCAUUGAUGUGCCUGUCCCCAAUUUCUCUGACAGUGACCCUGCAGCAAUUAUUCAUGACUUCGAAAAGGGAAUGACUGCUUACCUGGACUUACUGCUGGGGAACUGCUAUCUGAUGCCGCUCAAUACCUCCAUUGUUAUGUCUCCAAAGAAUCUGGUGGAACUCUUUGGCAAACUGGCUAGUGGUAAAUACUUGCCUCACACUUACGUGGUUCGUGAAGACCUAGUUGCUGUGGAAGAGAUUCGUGAUGUUAGUAACCUUGGCAUUUUUAUUUACCAACUUUGCAACAACCGCAAGUCCUUCCGCCUUCGUCGCAGAGACCUUCUGCUAGGUUUUAACAAACGUGCCACUGAUAAGUGCUGGAAGAUUAGACACUUCCCCAAUGAGUUCAUUGUUGAGACCAAGAUCUGUCAAGAAUAAGAGCCAAUAGAAAAAGAAAAGGAAUUCAGUAGUAAUAAGAAGUCAGCGCUAUAUAAUAUGAUUUCAAUAUUAAAGUUGGGUGGGAUACUGAAGAAAUUUACUCAUGCAUUUACUCUACUGCUUAUACGUAAAAAAAAAAAGAGAAAAAAAAAGAAAAUACUGGCAACUUCAAGCUCUUGUCAGUUUUUAAUUUCACUGACAUUGCUUGUUGUUUGAAACCAAAAUAAAGUAUAUAUUAUAUACUUUAUAUUAUAUUAUAUUUUUGUUUGAAUUUGUAGGGUUUAAGCUCCUGAAAACAGCAUGAAUGUAUCAGCUAACAUCUUUACAUGAAUUUCCAUUCUUUGAAAUUUUUACAUUGAUCUCCACUCAGUUAUGUUGUAGAAGAUGAUUUAAAUUUAAAAAUUGCUUUGAGCUUUUGUGAAAAGCAUGUCAAAUCUCUUAGCAGUAAAUUUUGUUUUUAGUUUUUUGCAACUUCCCUGAAUUUAGAAAUUAUGCCUUUGCAUUUUUGCUGUGUUCUGUAAUAAUUCUGACUUAUACGUGAAAAAAAGUUAUGAGUAAUUUUUAUUAAUGCAGUGAUUCUUUUUUACUGAUAUGUAAAUCCAAUUUGUGAAAUCCAGAAUACUGUAAAAGUUCCAAAUGCUGUGAGGACUAUUUUAUAAAGACUAUGAAUUCUACAACUGUAUAAUAAAUUUUACCAUAUUCAACCAC